UCAAAUUAAAACCACGACCGCCUUUCUGGAUAAGAUUCAGAACCUUAAGAAUCUCCCAACUCAAUUCAAAACCUGAAUUCCACCUUCAAAAGAACCAUGAAAACCCUAAUUUUCGCAUCAAACCCAAUUCUCCAUCUCUCAGAACUUCCCACCAGAAAACCCAAAAUCGCAUAUUUUCAAACCAUCCCAAUCACUACCAUCAAGCACGAAUUCAAGCCACACGCAAAUCCCAAAGGCUUUUCAUCCGUUUCGAAUGGAUCAAUCGAAACGACAAGCAAGAAGGCUAACGAUGACAACAACAAGAAGAAGAACGACGAAAACGACGAAAUACCUCAAGAAGUGUUCAACAGAAUGAUAGUGAGGAUCUUAGUUUCAGUGGGGCUUCCAAUGGGGUUAGGUUUGGCAUUUCUUCAUAUAUUUGGUGUUCUAAAGGAGAAUCAACUCUGGGAUGUGCCUCUAUGGCUUCCAUUCACCACAACUCUCUUCACAUUUGGAGCUUCAGCUCUGGGAAUACCGUAUGGCUCCCUGUCCACCAGUUUUGAUGCAGGCAGAAAAGAGUCUCUUCUUGGACUGGAAGAGGUACAAAGGAACUGGCUUGAGAUGUGGAAGGAAGAAGAUCAGAGCCAGACCUGAUUGAAUCAUUACUCAUUCUUUGGAGAUGGUUUGAUUUGGAGUUACAUUAUCAGUAAAUUUCCAAUAGCUGAAUAGUCGAUGUGAUUUGUUUAAUUCUGUUACCGCUGGCUGAAUCUGCUAUAAAUUUCAACAAUUGCUUUUUGUUGGAUACGGUUUUAGCAAAUUAAGGCAGCUUAAUCUAAUUCUACUAUUGCUGUUA